CUUCAGUGAAACUCGCUUCUCUCUGUUUGUGUGUGCGACUCGUUCUUCAUUUCCAUUCUCAUCCAUGGCGUCAGCGGACACGGAUUCCUUCGUCGAUAAGAUAGAAGAGAAGUUUCACGAUCACAACACUGAUUCCGAAUCCUAUUCCGAUUCCGAUGACGACCACAAUCUCAGGCCACCGCUCAAAAAUACCUCCAACUCCAACGUUUAUCGCCUCUUCGGUCGCGAUCAGCCCGUUCACAAGGUCUUGGGCGGUGGAAAACCUGCUGAUAUUUUGCUAUGGAGGAACAAGAGAACUACAGGAAUUGUACUUGGUGCCGGCACUGCCUUCUGGUUUUUCUUUGAGUUAAUGGACUACCACUUGAUAACCUUUGUCUGCCAUUUAUUGAUUUUGACUCUGGCUGCCCUUUUCUUGUGGUCCAAUGCGUCUGUCUUUAUCCAUAAGUCUCCACUCCAAAUCCCGCAUGUUGCAAUUCCUGAGGAAUGCCUUCUUCAGACUGUUUCUGCAUUGAGAACUGAAAUUAACCGAGCCUUUGUUCUUUUGCGAGAAAUUGGAACUGGACGAGAUUUAAGGAAGUUCCUUCGCGUUGUUGCUGGAUUGUGGGUUAUCUCUGUUGUUGGGAGUUGGUUCAACUUCUUGACCUUGUUUUACCUAUUCUAUUUGUCGCUGUUCACAUUGCCACUGGUGUAUGAGAAAUAUGAAGACCAGGUUGAUGCAUUUGCUGAAAAGGCAAUGAUUGAAAUUAAAAAGCAGUAUGCCGUGCUAGAUGCAAAGGUUUUAAGCCAGAUACCUAUUGCAGGGUUGAAAAAGGAUUAGAACACUCAUCAGUCAGGUUAUUGUUAACGCUGGAUGACUGUUUCGUUCAGAUGUCAAGUUUCAAAGUCUUACCGCAAUCCUUCUUCCUCUUUUUAUUAGUUAGUGAAAUAUAGUUUGAGGAAUAAAAGUCCACCAAG